CCCAGAAAAAAAAACUCCCACAGGUUACAGGAGAGAGAGAGAGAGAGAUGUCGCAUAACAACUCUUCUGCAAGCGAUCCACGCCAACCUUUGACGGCGAAGCCUUAUGUACCGCCAACAGUGGCUUCACAAGAUCUUCCCAUCAAUUAUGCUGGCUUCAUUGCGAUGAUCUUCGGUGUUGCCGGAGUCUUGUUCAGGUACAAGCUCUGCUCGUGGCUUGCUAUAAUAUUCUGUGCUCAAUCACUCGCCAACAUGCAGAAUUUCGAAAAUGAUCUAAAACAAGUUUCCAUGGCCAUGAUGUUUGCUAUUAUGGGAUUGGCAUCAAAGUACUUCGGACCUUCUCGACCAGGCAAACAAAGUUAGAGCUCCAAUUUUCUUUGGCCUGCAAUCUUGAGAUGAAUAACAAACUGUACUAUUACUGAUGGGAAUUUCUCUUAUUUGAAUAUUAUAUUGAGUUUUGGAUUAGUUGGCUAGAAAACUGUUUGAAAAAAUUGUAUUCGUUUUA